CAGAAAUGGCGGCUGGCAUUGCAGGCUGCGGCAGUCCCACAAUGAGGCUGACCCAACGCUUCAGAACAGCCAGGGCGCUACUCUCUGCGCCAGCUUCUGUCGUCUGUCGUAAGUGGAGCUGUGCUUGUCCACCAGGGCUGCACGCGGAGCCUGGUCGGCUGCAGAGCACUGGGCCCUCCGAGCCCGGCGCCUUCCAGCCGCCGCGGAAACCCGUCAUCGUAGACAAGCGACGGCCCCCGAGCGAGGAGAGAAGGUUCCUGAGUCCUGAAUUCAUUCCUCCAAGGGGAAGAACAAAUCCUCUGAAAUUUUACCUAGAAAGGAAAGACAUGUUAGAAAGGAGAAAAGUACUCCACAUCCCCGAGUUCUAUGUCGGAAGCAUCCUGCGGGUCACCACAGCCGACCCUUAUGCCAAUGGGAAAACCAGCCAGUUUCUGGGAAUCUGCAUCCAGAGGUCAGGGGCAGGAUUUGGCGCUACUUUUAUCCUUAGGAAUACUAUUGAAGGACAAGGUAUUGAGAUUUGCUUUGAACUGUAUAAUCCUCGAAUUCAUGAAAUCCAAGUUGUCAAAUUAGAGAAACGGCUGGACGAUAACUUGAUGUACUUACGAGAUGCCCUUCCUGAAUAUAGCACGUUUGAUAUGAACAUGAAACCAGUAAUAACAGAGUCGAACAAGGAAGUUCCUAUUAAUGAGCUGAAAGUGAAAAUGAAGCCUAAACCCUGGUCUAAACGCUGGGAGCGGCCACAAUUUAAUAUUAAAGGAAUCAGAUUCGAUCUUGCUUUAACUGAAGAACAAAUGAAGGAAGCUCAGAAGUGGAGUCAGCCGUGGCUGGAGUUUGAUAUGAUGAGGGAAUAUGAUACUUCAAAGCUUGAAGCUGCAAUAUGGGAUGAAAUCCAAGCCUCAAAAACAUCCUAACUUUGAGAACACACUUGGUAAUGGUGGAAGAUGUGUUGGCUCUCAGAGGACUUAUUUGAAAAGUUUAAUUUCAUUUUCGAGAACACAGUUAUUAAGUAAACUAAGCAGUCAUUUUCUCAGUAUUUUUUUUAACAAAUGAAAUUUGCUCACAUUUAUUAUUCUAAGAAAGAGAAUCCUACCUGCCCAGAGGUGUGUGGUCAUUCUUUCACUGAAGGUAGAGCUACAGCGGGACCAAUGCAUCAUCACCAAAAGCUUCAGUGAGCAUGGAAUCUGAACAGGGGGACUGACGGCAGGAUUUCUGUAAAUUGUGGUAUAAAUCAUAAAAAGGAAUGCUAUGACUUGAUCUGUAAUGACGAUUGACAUGCCUAGCAUUAGGUUUCAAAAUAGAACCUUUAAUAGUAUCUGUCUUAAUACAUGGUGCAUGCCUGUAAUCCCAGCACUCAGGAGGCCAAAGGGAAAAAAUUCUAGGUUAAAAAUAGAACAUUUACUAAUUAAAAAUUCAAGUGAGAAGAUAUUCUUUCAAUAGCAAAAUUGUUUACAAAUUUAAUAUACAAUAAAAUAUAUGCCAUUUGUGU